AUGAACCAUGGAGCCCGGCGCGCCCUGACGCAAUUGAUCAGGAACCAUCCCAAGCGGUCACUCGUCCUAAAACCAUCACAGCGAUGGUCCUCAACUUAUGAAACCCGACAAUGGUCCACGCCACUGGCGCGCACACUUGCGGAUGCCAUUAAAGUAACAGGACCCAUCCCCAUUGCAGCGUUCAUGCGCCAGGUCCUCACCUCCCCGGAAGGUGGCUACUACACGACCAGACCCGCCGGCGACGGAGAGGUAUUCGGCAAGAAAGGCGACUUUGUCACGUCACCGGAGAUCUCGCAGGUGUUCGGUGAACUGGUCGGAAUAUGGACGAUCGCGGAAUGGAUGGCGCAGGGACGCAAGAGUAGUGGGGUGCAGUUGAUGGAGGUUGGUCCUGGGAAGGGAACGUUGAUGGAUGACAUGUUGCGUACAUUCAGGAACUUCAAAAGCUUCACCUCCAGCAUUGAAGCGAUCUACCUAGUCGAAGCAAGUCCCACACUAAGGGAAGUCCAAAAGCAACGUCUCUGCGGCGAUGCCACGAUGGAAGAAACAGAAAUCGGCCAUAAAAGCACCUGCAAAUACUUCAACGUCCCUGUAAUCUGGGUCGAGGACAUCCGACUUCUCCCACACGAAGAAGACAAAACCCCCUUCAUAAUCGCCCACGAAUUCUUCGAUGCCCUGCCCAUCCACGCCUUCGAAUCCAUCCCGCCCUCCCCCGAAAACCAACCCCCGCAGGACACAAUAAUGACGCCCACGGGCCCAACAAAACUCCACAAGCCCCUCAAACCCGCCAACACACCUCAAUGGCGCGAACUUAUGGUGACACUGAACCCGAAAGCCAUCGAUGAGGACCUCCCCAACGAACCCGAAUUCACACUCACCCUCGCCAAAGCCUCAACUCCCUCCUCGCUCGUCAUCCCCGAGAUCUCCCCGCGCUACCGCGCUCUCAAGUCCCAGGCAGGCUCAACCGUCGAAAUCAGCCCGGAAAGUCGCAUCUACGCGUCCGAUUUCGCCCGUCGCAUCGGCGGCGCCUCGCAGCCGCCCCGCACCAGUUCCAGGAGUGCGUCUGCGCAGCCGGCACCAGCCAAGCGCAUCCCCUCCGGCGCGGCCCUGAUCAUGGACUACGGGACCAUGAACACCAUCCCCGUGAACUCGCUGCGGGGCAUCCAGCAUCACCGCAAGGUUCCACCGCUGUCGGCGCCGGGGCAGGUAGAUGUGAGUGCCGAUGUGGAUUUCACGGCAUUGGCAGAGGCGGCGAUUGAAGAGAGCGAGGGGGUAGAGGUUCACGGGCCUGUGGAGCAGGGAGAUUUCCUGCAGACGAUGGGCAUUACCGAGCGCAUGCAGCAGCUGCUUAAGCAUGAGAAGGAUGAGGAGAGGAGGAAAACAUUAGAAACAGGAUGGCAGCGCUUGGUGGAGAAGGGGGGUGGUGGCAUGGGCAAGAUCUAUAAAUUCAUGGCCAUUGUGCCGGAGAACGAAGGGAAGAGGAGGCCGGUUGGGUUUGGAGGUGGGAUUGAGCUUUAG